AUGAAAGAAGACCUCACAUGCGGCCAACGGCCUUCUCAGAGAUCGCUAAGAACAGCACCAAUAUCUUGAAGUCCCAUUGGCUUCUCCAGUGUCACCCUGUAAGAUCACAGUUUCCCAUCCCAUUACCCAAGGAGGCUGCUGCUCCUGCUUUCUGUGCUCUUGGGACAUCAUAACCUUCCGACUCAAGAUGGUGUAGAUCUCUUUUACAACAGUCUCAAAGGCAGCUUUUACAUUGGAGGAAUCCAGCGCAGAAGUUUCCAUGAAGAACAGACUAUGAGCCUCAGCUAAUGCCUUCCCUUCGUCGGUGCCGACCUCCCUGGCAUCCUGGAGAUCGGUCUUGUUUCCCACAAGAAUCGUAACGACGUUCAUAUCUGAGUGAGCUGCCCAAAAGUGUAAACACCCUUUUAAAAAGGAGGACUUGCAUGGUACAUUCUGUUGCUGGAAAAUGCUAGAACAACUUAUUUUGAUGAUCCCAUGUCAUUAUUGAGCAAGGACUGAUGAGAGAGAGAGAGAGAGAGAGAGAGAGGGGGUUUUUACAAUAAACUGUCGGUCUGAUUUGAGGAAAUCCCAUUGAAACAUAAGUAGAAGACUCAGAAGGCAAGUUACAGCUCUUACUGUGGAGUUCAUUAAGCCAUCUGCCGAUGCUAUCAAAAGUCUGACGCCUGCUGAUAUCAUACACCACCAAGGCCCCAACAGCACCUCGGUAGUAUGCAGAUGUCACAGCUCUGAAUCGUUCCUGACCCGCAGUGUCCCAUAUCUGAGCUUUGACUUCCUUGCCAUCAAUGUCCAUCUUUUGUGUUUGGAACUCGACUCCAAUGGUUGACUUAGAAUUCGAAUAGAACUCAUCACGAGCAAAUCUUGCAAGCAAGUUUGAUUUCCCAACAGCAGAGUCACCGAUCAAAACGAUCUUAAAAAGGUAAUCCUGAGUGUGGUCCUCAUCUUCGUAGGAUGCCAUCCUUCCACCACUUAUUCAAGUCGCCCUCAGCUCAAAGCUUUUAAGAGACCAUAGGAACCACUGCCAGUUGGAACGGAUACAUCAGUCACAUAAGAUAAAAUGCGACUAAAAUAAGAGAACACGCCUGGUUCAAAGUACCCAGCAGGGAAAGCCAAGGUUUUUUUAUAAUGUGAGAGAAGUGUGAUUGAUGAUAGUUUCUUCAGGUACGAAAACAUUAUGGCCAUACACGAAGACGCAUCAAGAAACAAAGAAUAA